AUGGGAGACAUAUUGUCUGUGGAUUUUCCCGGGGUUAGUUUGGUUGAGCUUCUCCCCAAUAAGAGCGGCAGAAGGAGGCGGCAGCGGCCGCCGCUUAGUGCUGCAGCAGGGGUAUUAGAGGGUGGUGCUGCUGCUGCUGCUGCUGCUGCUGCAGCAACAAAUGAUGAUGUUAACUUGCUGCUGCAGGGGGUUGUUAGGAGACUAGCAGAGAGAGGAGCAGCAGCAGCAGCAGCAGCAGCAGCAGCAACAGGGCAACGAGGGGGGCCCCCACCUCUUGCUGCACUAGAGGCGUUGUGGGGGGGCCCCGAGGGGCCCCUCAGGGGGGCCCCCCUCAGGGGGGGGGCCCCCGGCAGCACAGAAAAUAUGUCGCUGCCUCUUGGGGGCCUGCUGCAGCUGGUUGAAGCAGACAGAGACACUGCAGACACAGCAGCAACCCCACAGGGUACCCGCAGCAGCUUGCUGAAGUGCAGCAGCAGCAGCAGCAGCAGCAGCAGCAGCAGCAGCAGCAGCAGCAGUAACCGCAGCAGCAGCAGCAGCAGCAACAACAAUAGUAAAAACAAUAGUAAUAACAACAACAAUAGUAACAGCAAACUGUCUCCUCUUGCUGUCUCCUUAAACACAAAAAAAGGAGACAUAUACAGACAAGGCCUCCUCGUUGCUGCAGACACCCCAAUGGAGCAGCUGCCGCUGCGCUGCUCUCUGUCUAGCUUCCAGCAGCAGCAGCAGCAGCAGCAGCAGCAGCAGUUGCAGCAGCUGCAGCAGCUGCAGCAGCAGCAGCAGCUGCAGCUACAGACUGACGGUGCGGAUCCUUGCUGGGGCCCAGUUGUUCCUUCUGCUUCAGCAGCAGCAGCAGCAGCAGCAGCUGCUGCUGCUGCUGCAGCUGUACCCUAUGACCCCCUGGGGGCCCUUCACGGGGGCCCCCACAGUGUAGGGUUUGGUGGGUUUGUGGGGUGCAGCGGGGGGCCCCCCCAGGGGGCCCCCGACGGGGGGGCCCCCGAGGGGGGGGCCCCCGGGGGGGGGCCCCCCUUGGGGGCAAGCGAAGAGGGUUUGUUUCGUUUGGUUAGUGAGGAUAUAGAUAGAGAGAUAGAGAGAGAAAGAGAGAUAGAGAGAGAAAGAGAGAUAGAGAGAAAAGGAGACAGAGAAGGAGACAGUAGUUGCUGCUCUUUCUGGAGGGGGAGUAGUGAUGUGUGGGGUGCAGCAGCAGCAGCAGCAGCUGCUGCUGCUGCUGCUGCUGCUGCUGCUGGUGCUUCUGGUGCUGCUGGUGGAUGCAUAGGUAAUACAUUAGGGGGCAGAGAAGAAGACAAAGAAGAGAGAGAAAGGAGACGGAGAGAGAGAGGAGACAAAGAGGAAGAUGAGGAGACAAAGGAGACAGAUAAAAACAGCAGCAGCAGCAGCAGCAGCAGCAGCAGCAGCACGCAGUAUAGCAGAGCUGCUUCUGCUGCUUCUGCUGCUCUCUCUCUCUCCCUCAGCAGCCUCCCCUCCCUGGGAUCGUCGCUGGGAUCGUCUCCAGAUAUACACAGACACACCUGGGAGACGACAGCUGCUCUCGGCGAUGUGGGUUUGAGGGCGGCUUUGUUUGACGGGGAGUGCAUCAGCAGCAGCAACAUGAACAGCAGCACGAACAGCUGCAGCAGCAGCAGCAGCAGCAGCAGCAACAGCAGCAGCAGCAGCAUACAUGGUCUCCUUGUAGGCGAAGACGGCAGCAGCUUAGCUUCUAGCUUCUCUCUCGACUUUGCUUUGGGGCCCAGCGCCAUCAGCUGCGGGCAGCAGCUGGAGACAGAGCAGCAGCAGCAGCAGCUGCAGCUGCAGCAGCAACUGCAGCAGCAGCUGUCUCCUGCAGCACAGGCCCUUGGGGGCCUCACAACCGAUGACGAGUGCGCGGGGGGCCCCCUUGCAGCAGCAGAGGAGAUGGGGGGCCCCCCAGACGAUCUAACAGGGGGCCCCUGGGGCCCUGCUGCUGCUGCAGCAGCAGCAGCAGCAGCAGCAGCAGCAUCAGUGCAGUGGCAAGAGGGACGAGUUAAGGAGCUAGUAGGAGACAGUGAGGCUCAGGAGACAUCUCCCAGAGGGACGAGUUAA